AUGUUAACAAGGAGCUACAAACAAUGCAUACGAUCUCCUUAUUAUAAUUGUAAUAAAAACAAUUAUCUUAAAAGUAUUUCCAAUCCUAAUGAUAGUUUCCUAGUAACUAAUAUUCCAUGGACCGUCAAUUAUACGCCAAGUUCUUUAAUAUUAUCUAAAUGUUAUUCGACAAAUAUUUCUGCUAAUAUACCUAAUUUUGAUAUUGAGAACGAUAAAGCAAACAAUAUAAAUGAUUUAACGAUCUAUGAAAAAUUUUUAAAAUUAAGUAAAGAAUCAGAACUUAAAUCUCAACUGAUACAACCCAAUUAUACAUCAACUAAUAAUGUUAAUAAUACGGAUGAUGUCAACACCUCUGAUGGAACGAGCAUUAAUUAUAAAAAAUUUGUUGAUGAAUUAAUACAGUGGCAUUAUUUGGAUGCCAAGGCAUUAAAUAAAUUGGUUAAUAAACAUCUUAAUGAUAUGAAUCUAUCUAUUGUAAUUAAUUUACUAGUAAAAUAUAAUCAUUUUCAACCAAAGGAUUCUGAUAGACUAUCAUUCAAGUCUCAUUCUGAAUUAAUUUUUAAAGUAUAUCAGAUAUAUAUAGAACGAAUCGAACAUCCCAUUUUAAAUUCCAAUAAUAAUUCUCAUAUUCAAUCUAUUGCUGAACAUAGUUCAACACCGCUAAAUCCUAUUCAAUUAUAUGAUUUAAAUAAAGUCAUUACUUGGUUUAUAAAAGCUGGCCAAUUGAAAAAAGCUACAACAGCUUUGAUGUAUAUUCUUAAGAGAUAUAACGCAGAAAUAUUUCAAAUACCUGAUUCAAAGACUAUAAUAAAUUUCUUAAAGCUAUAUUGUGGUGGUUUACCAACAAAUUGGAGGAUAGAACCCAUUAAUCAUCGGUUUAUUAAAAACCAGGGCAAACGAUCUUUUAAAUUAGGUAAUAAUUCGAGUUAUUAUCGAUUACCUAGUAGUUAUAAAGCAGUUUAUGAAAAAGUCCCAAUUCAAAUAGUGGAACAUAUAAAAAAGAAUACAAAUGAUAUGAAAUUAUCAGGUAAAUUGUUCCAUUUUAUAAGAACUGGCGAAUUCGAUUCAACUUUAAUAUAUUCAUUAACAUCACUAGGCAGAUUUGAUUUGGCAGAACAAUAUUUUAAAGAUAAUUGGUUAUCAGAUAGUUGUGAUGAUGUUGAAUUAACGUCGGACAUUGUAAUUGCAAUAUUUUCAUCAUACGUUUACAAUAAUUCUAAUAAUAUUGAAAAGGCUAAUAAAUUAAUUCAAGAAAUUAUUAAAAGAUAUCCAGAUUUGCAUUUAAAUAUUUCUACUUGGUGUAGAAUAAUUAGGUGGAAUAUACAGAUGUGGGAUACUACAACAGAUUUUAAUGGAGAGAUACCUUAUGAUAGUUUUUACACGAUGUUAACCUAUUAUAGUAAUUAUUGUUCAAGAAAUUCAACGUUCAAGAGUUGCCAUAUUCCAUAUAAUAAAAUGUUAUUGGGGGAUUUAUAUCAUUUAUUCAAUACUAAAAUCUCUUUGAACAAAUGUUUAUUUAUAAUGGAUAAUUGUUUUAAGAAAUCACUGUUUAAAACACCAUCUAAAGUUACCACAAAAGAUUAUCAAAUAUUAUUGAAAUAUCAGAAAAUGAUUCUUAAAUAUUUGAUAAAUGAUCGAAAAUUAACUAGCAAUAAACCCUUAGAUUUUAUUGAAAAAUAUUCAUUAGAUACAAAUAAUAAAGAACAACUUUUAGAAUAUCGUCUUGAACGUCUUGAAUAUAGAAAAUCAAGAAAGGAAUAUUAUGGAAACCUUAAUGCAAAUGAAAAAAAUUCUAUUGAAAAAAUAACAUUAUUAAUGAUAAAAUGGAUGAAGAAGAUAUGA